GCACUCUCUUUCCCCGGCCACCACACCGUGAGUGUAUAACUCACUGUUCUUCCGUACCUUAAAAAAAAAGAAAAAAAAAAGACAUAAAAAAUACAAAAUAACGGAAAAAUCUCAAAAAAUAACUACCUUUAAAUCAAAAACAUUAUUUUCAAAAGGCAAACUUUUUUUCAUUUGUAUUUUUGAAAACACAAUAUCUCGGUCUAUCCAUACGUUUUCUGAAGCCAAAUCCUCAAGACACGCGCCUCGACGCCUGGUCAUUCCUGCCGUGAUCAUACAUUUAUAUGGAGAGUAGCUUAAAAGUUUUUUUAGUGGCUAAAGAGACGAGAUUUAUUUGUCCCACUAAUUCCAGACAAUCCCUGAGCUCAAGGGCUUGAACGAAACCGAGACAUGAACGCAGCGACCGAGGGGAGUUAUCCGAUGGCUUCUCUCUAUGUGGGCGACCUGCACCCUGAUAUCACGGAGGCUAUGCUGUAUGAGAAAUUCAGUCCGGCCGGCCCGGUGCUGUCCAUCCGCGUGUGUCGGGACAUGAUCACCCGGCGCUCGCUGGGCUAUGCCUACGUCAAUUUCCAGCAGCCUGCGGACGCAGAGAGAGCUUUGGACACAAUGAACUUCGAUGUGGUCAAAGGAAAGCCAAUCAGAAUCAUGUGGUCACAGAGAGAUCCGUCACUCAGGAAAUCUGGAGUUGGAAAUGUCUUCAUCAAAAAUCUGGACAAGUCCAUCGACAACAAGGCCCUGUAUGACACCUUCUCUGCUUUUGGAAACAUCCUGUCCUGCAAGGUGGUGUGUGAUGAGAAUGGAUCUAAGGGCUACGCCUUCGUGCAUUUUGAGACUCAGGACGCAGCUGACCGCGCCAUUGAGAAGAUGAAUGGCAUGCUGCUGAACGACCGCAAGGUGUUUGUGGGCCGUUUCAAGUCCAGAAAGGAGAGAGAGGCAGAGAUGGGAGCCAAAGCCAAAGAGUUCACCAACAUAUACAUCAAGAAUUUUGGCGAGGACAUGGAUAAUGAGAGAUUAAAGGAGCUCUUUGAUAAAUAUGGUAAAAUACUAAGUGUGAAGGUCAUGACUGACCCCACAGGCAAAUCUCGUGGAUUUGGCUUUGUAAGCUAUGAGAAGCAUGAGGAUGCUUACAAGGCUGUGGAUGAGAUGAAUGGCAUGGAGCUGAACAGUAAGACCAUGUUCGUUGGCCGAGCUCAGAAAAAGAUGGAGAGACAAGCAGAACUUAAGAGGAAGUUCGAACAGCUCAAACAGGAAAGAAUCAGCAGAUAUCAGGGUGUUAAUUUAUAUAUCAAGAAUCUCGACGACACCAUUGAUGAUGAAAAACUCCAUAAAGAGUUCUCUCCUUUCGGUUCCAUCACCAGUACCAAGGUGAUGUUGGAAGAUGGCAGGUCCAAAGGCUUUGGCUUUGUGUGUUUCUCCUCACCUGAGGAGGCCACAAAGGCAGUGACAGAGAUGAACGGGCGUAUUGUGGGCUCCAAACCAUUGUACGUGGCUCUGGCACAGCGUAAAGAGGAAAGAAAAGCUCAUCUGACCAACCAGUAUAUGCAGCGUAUUGCUGGCAUGAGGGCCAUGCCUGCCAACGCCAUCAUCAACCAAUUCCAGCCUGCCAGCGGAUAUUUCAUGCCAGCUGUGCCACAGGCUCAGAACAGAACGACAUACUAUGCACCAAACCAGCUCACCCAGAUGCGUCCAAACCCUCGCUGGCAGCAGCAGGGAGGCAGAGGUCAGGGUGGGUUCCAGGGCAUGCCCAGUUCCUUGCGCCAGCCAGGGCCCCGUGCCAACAUCCGCCAACUUGCACCCAGUGCUUCCACCCAAGGCCCACGCGGAAUCCCCACAGGUGCACAGAGAGUGGGUGGCACUGGCCAACCAAUGGGUCCACGCGCUGCCAUGGGGGUGACAAACCCACGUGCCAUGCCCCCAUACAAGUACGCCACCACCAUACGAAAUACCCAGCCUCAUGUAUUGCAGCCCAUUACUCUGCAACAGGCUCAGCCUGCAGUUCAUGUGCAAGGUCAGGAUCCCCUCACUGCCUCUAUGUUAGCUGCCGCGCUACCUCAGGAACAGAAACAGAUGCUUGGUGAGCGAUUGUUCCCUCUCAUCCAGGCGAUGCACCCCAGUCUAGCUGGGAAGAUCACAGGAAUGCUGCUCGAGAUUGACAAUUCUGAGCUGCUGCACAUGCUGGAGUCCCAUGAGUCUUUGCGCUCCAAGGCGGAGGAGGCUGUUGCAGUGCUUCAGGCUCAUCAAGCCAAGAAAGACGCCACACAGAAAGUGGGAGUCAACGAUGCGACUGCACCCGCAACAUCCUGACGAGGUGAAAGCUGAAAGGCUGAAGAGAGAUCACCCCAUCUGGUGCCGUCUGGUGACAUCAAAUGUCUACCAGGAAAAAAAAAACUGAAAAAGGCAAAAAGAUACUUGAACAUAAAGAAUAAAAUGUAAUUGCAGGGCUUAUAUUUGUAACUCUGUAAUGAUUUUUUAUCAUACAUAUCUAAAGUCAAUUUAAAAGGAGGCAAUUCUCAAUAUUGUGGCCAGGGGAAUGGAAAUGGAAACUUCUGUGAGCUGCGUGUUUGCUGCUUUGAUUGGACAUCACUUGUCCCAAGACAAUAACCUGAGUGUUGUGGUCCUCUAAAUAAAGAGACUAUCUAAAAUUAA